CUUAGAUUCGGGAGCCCAAGCUGUCCGGGCGGCGGGCGCAGGACCCCGCCCUUCCGCGCUCGGUCUCCUGGGCGACGGGAACUGAAAGCGAAAGUGGAACCUGCCCAUCGGCUUUAGGCUUCCAGCUGCACGAACAUCUCCUCUGCAUCAUGGCAUCAGCGUUGAAGAUCAGAGACCCCACAGUUUCUGAGAGAACGAUUGUAGUCUCUGGUCUUCCAGUUGGCCUUUUAAAAGACCAGCUAAUGAGGCGUUACUUCCAAAAUGAGGGUGAACACGUGGAAGAGGUGAUAUAUCCAUCAAGAACCAAAGGAGUUGCAUAUAUCAUAUUCAAAGAAAAGAAAGUUGCACAGAAUAUCAUCAGACAAAGGAAAUAUCCUCUGGCCUCAAAGCCUCGGCUCACAGUCUCCGGCUUCAGUGAAAAGGUCUUCAACCAUGUGAUGGCUAUUCUGGAUCUGUCUGUUUUUCGGACUCAAAUUGUGCUAGAAAGCCUGGUAAUGGAUCUGAAAAAGAAAAUCCCAACUUUAAACUUCAGCUCAUUGGGACCCAGUGGGAAAAUCUCUGUGCAAGGUUCAUUUCCGGCUAUCAUGAAGCUUAAACAGGCUUUGAUAUCAAAAGCCAUCUCCCCUUUAGAAAAUCACAGGAAGUAUGCCAGUGACAGGAGAAAUCAGAAUAGACAGAACCCUGGAAGUGUCCUACAGAGAAGUGACAACUCUACAGUGGCACUUGGGACCUCUGUACCUGAGGCUGCCAGAAGUGAAGGGACACUUGUGCUUGAUACAGAUACUUUCUUUUACCUGAAACACAAGUGUGACUUUUAUGAACUGACACUGAACAAAUACCAUAUCCUGUGUCAGGAGAGGGUGGAUGGUGAUGUCACCACUAUUUGUCUACAAAAUGCCCACAACGGGUCUUGCUCUAACAGUGUCAGACAUGUGAAAGAGAUCAUUGAGGAGUGGGUCCAGGGGCUCCACCUUGAGCUCAGAAAAGAGACACUGGUGUUAGAAGGAAGGGGAGAUAGAGAGAAAAGAAAUAUUAAGCAGGCAUGUGAACAACUAUGUUACAGAUAUCUUAGAGUUUUGAUUAAUCUUCACAACACACAUAUCGACAUUAUAGGACCUUCUUCCGACACGUUCCUAUUCAAGACAGAGCUCAUAAAGUGUGCAAAGCAAAAGGUCACUAAAGGCGGGGGCUUAAAUGAGCUCGCCAGACCCAAGAUAAAUGAUAAAUCUUGGACUUACACAGAUAAGAGUAAAUAACAGCAGUGGUCUUUCUGAUCCAGAAGAUGCAGUCUCUAUUCUUCUGAUGCUCUAUGCUAUCCAAGCGAUCGUGAGCCAGCCCCUCCUUUACUUUAUCAGUGGGUUACAUGUGAACCUGAAGCCAUGCCCAAAGGGUGUGGCCACUGCUACAAGUUCACUGGCAAGGCAAGAUGCCACUACAGGUCACCUGAGGUCUCAGCCACAGUAUGGUUGCUUUUCCCCUGAGAAGUGACUGUGCUUGCUUUUCACCUUAUCCAGUUUUCAUGGUGUGUAUCAUUGCCUUCAUGUUAUAGAAGGAGAAAAUAUGAUUUUAGGGAACUUAAAAAUAUUUAUCCAAAGUUAUCCAGCUGACAAGAAAUGGGACUGGCAUCGAAUACAAAAAUAAUACCUAGAUCAAACUGUCAAAACAAAACAAAACCAGCAAAAAACCUCACUAAACUUUGAAGAAAUCUCACUUUCCCCAUAACUACAAAUUAUUAGGACUAGAAAUCUUUCCCGUGACUUAGGUUUGUAUGAUUAUCAUGCUAUUGCUAAGUUCUCAGGAUUUAUAUUCACUCCAUAUAGUGUUACAAUGAUGGCCAAGAUCCCCUGGGUAAGGAGUGUUAGAAUUGUAAUCAUGGGAGAAAUUUGUGUGCUUGCUAUUGUAGUAGAUGAUUCUUGUUUUACAAUGGUGUGUCAUCCAGAUGUGCAUUGUAAGGUCAAAACAUUGUGAGUCCAAAACAAAAAAAAAUGCCUUAAGUCCAUGUAACUUGUAGAACAGCCUAACUUUGCUACACUAUCCUGGUGGUGGUGCUGACUGACAGCCUGAGCUCACUGUGGCUGCUCACCACUGCUGGAGAGCAUGGCACUGUGCAUCACUAGCCUGAAAAAAACUCACUGUCUGGAGCACAGUUUCUACUGGUUAUAUAUUCUUAUUGCACCACAAUAAAGUAAAACUUACAGAAAAAUUAAAUUGUGAGUUGAACCAUCAUUGAGUCAAGCAAGGACGGUCCACAUCCUUGAUCUUAUUCCUUAAAUGCUAUUACUUUAACAGCACGAUAAUAAAGACAAAGGAAAGCUGUA